AUGACUGCAGCGACCAACCUCCACCCUGCGGCAAACGCAUCUUCAAAGCGGAUAGCCUCAUCAAACGAGAAGGCCCUCUCGAACCUCCUACUCGGCCUCCUCAGUGUCAACAGCUCAUCACUGCUCAUACGUGUCCUCUUCAAGCUCAUCCGUUCGACACCUAUCUAUGCGUCGAAGAAGCUCUUUACGCUGCACCUGAUAUCCCUCGGAGCUACCGUAGCGGUCUGGCGAUGGUUCUCCCUUGUCGGCACGCCAGGGCGUGACAGUAAGGGCAAUGUGAGGAGUGGUGAAGACCUGGCGGGUGGUGGAGUCAUUGAGCUGGCGUGGGACCUGGUGUACAUCACCUGGCUCUGCACGCUCGGCUCAGCUCUCUUUGGCAGCUGGGUAUGGUACUUCUACCUCCUCAUCCCUGCCUUCGGCGGAUACAAGCUCUUCACCUUUGCCCGACCCUUCCUUGGGAUGUUCCUGCCUGGCCUGUUCGGCCCCAAGUCAGCUUCGGGAGCACCAGCCGCGGGACCUGCUGCUCCCGAAGAACAAAGCGAGAGCAAGCGGCAAGCCAAGCUCAGAGCGAGGGCAGAAAAGGGGGACAAGCGGAUCCAGCAGCAAGAAGUACGGCGGGCAAGAUAG